AUGCUUGCUGUUGCCCAAGGACAUGUUGGGAGAGUCUGGGAAUGCCUUAAGAUGAUGAUCUUCUCUCUUGAGCUCGAGAUGUCCCCUGAGCUCAGGACUUUGUUCCUAGACAACUGGCUAGUCAAUCCCUCAGGUCUCCCAGGGCAUUACCUCGCCGGUGACAAACUACAAGAGCAACUUCAGGACCGACUCUACGAGCACAUUAGCCCCGAUCAAGAUUUUGAUGCUGGUUACGUUCGUGAUGUGACCGCGCCAAAUGUGUAUCGCUUUGAACGUAUGAAAAAGGACCUUACCGCAGGCUUAGGAUUGGCAAAGUGA